AUGCGGCUUAUCAACGCCCGCACCCUCGAAAUCGUCGAGUUCCUUAGUGAAGGUCAGAUCCCGCCCUUCGUGAUCUUGUCGCAUACUUGGGAAGACGAAGAGUGCACCUUGCAGCAGAUGCAGGCGUCGAGUCACACAGAAAUCUACAGGCGCAAAGGAUACAAGAAGAUACAGUCGUGCUGCAAGCAGGCUCUGAAAGAUGGUUUCGAGUGGGCAUGGAUCGACACACUGAUCAAGUAUUUCAGUUGCUGCAUUGACAAGACGAGUACGGCUGAGUUAUCUGAAGCCAUUAAUUCGAUGUUCCGGUGGUAUCGCAUAGCACAGAUAUGCUACGCCUUUUUAGCAGAUGUCCAUGACGUUACUCGGCUCGCAAGCAGUCGAUGGUUCACGAGAGGUUGGACGCUCCAGGAACUGGUUGCACCAUCGACUCUCUGGUUUUAUGAUUUCAACUGGCAGUUUCUCGGCUCAAAAGACGACCUUCGAAAAGAACUCGAAAAGAUCACUAGCAUCGACAUCGAUGUUCUUGCGAACGGAAGUAUCGAGUCUAUCAGCAUAGCCAGACGGAUGACCUGGGCGGCGAAACGACAAACAACCAGGAUCGAAGACCAGGCUUACUCUUUGCUCGGUAUCUUUGAUGUCAAUAUGCCCUUACUCUACGGAGAGGGCAAAAAGGCUUUCAGAAGACUCCAAGAAGAAAUUAUGAAGAUUUCAGACGAUCAGUCCCUCUUCGCAUGGGGCCUGCCUGAUAGAUGCAAAACUGCGCGGCAGCUUGUUGCGACAUCCGCCCCAUCCAACUUAGCAGAUAUGCAUGGACUAUUCGCCGACUCGCCCGCCGACUUUUCUUACACUGAUCGCAUUCAUGUUUUAGGAGAUUUCAAUACUGCUCUACCUCCCUUGGUCACCAACAAUGGUGUCCGAAUAGAACUCCCGAUUUUCACAGAAACACAGUCCCAGCUACACUUCGCCGUCAUCUGUUGUACACUCGAAGGAUGGUUUAAACAUUAUCUUGCUUUCCCCAUGAUUCCAUGGAACAGCACGUGGCAUGCACGUUGUGGAGAGCUUGUGCUCAUCGCUGUCACUGAUCUGGUUCCCACGUCCUCGAGCACGCCGUACGGUCGAACAUCAGUAGUACGCAUCAAAUCGCCAACGGCCCCUAUCACGGAAUCCACCGUUUCGAAUAUCAUCCGACUGGUUGAUGUCGCGGAUAUCUACGGUCAUCCGUAUCAGUUGAUUGACGUGCAUUGCUCGGCACAUGCAACGCAUGACGUAAUGCGUAAUGAAAUAAGAUUGAACCAAGAUAAAGAUGGCUUGCACGCGGUGUUCGCCUACGAUUCUACAACCAUCGAUCCGAUGCUUAUGUUCUCGAGUAUCGGCUUCGACCGCCGCCUGAAAGCUAAGGCUGGCUCUAAGCUUCAUAUCACACACUCCGGGGACACUACAGUCGUGACGAGCCACGGCGAAUCAUCGCUAGAUCGCUUCAAGUAUUUCUAUCGUCCUUUUGCCGUGCUAGUGGGUGGAACCAUAAAAGAUCCAUGGGCCAAGACCAUGCUCAUCCUGAACGAUGACAACCCAGACAGCGACUUCCAUCAAAUGUACAAAACCAGCGAAGAUUUUGUGCGAAGCUGUAUCACCAAGAAACAAUUAGUUUCACUCGUCCAAGAAGAGAAGGCUGACAAUCCGCUUUUACAACAUCGGACUUAUCACGACAGUCAUCCGGUCUUGCAUUGGGAAUGGAACGGCCCAAUAAUGCAUACAAGAUCAGCUACCAAACGACUGCAUGUCCACGCCAAUGUUCAAACAGUCUCUGCAAACCUUGUAGAGCACAGUCUAGCUCUCUUCGUGGAGCUGAAGGACACGGAAAUUUUCACGGAGACUGAAAGACCAACAUGGUGGAGCUCUAAUAGUGAAGGCUGA